AUGGCCGCAGCCGGCGAAGAUCGUCUCCACGCGGGAAUGCUUGGAUACAAUCCCUACGCGACCGCAGAGAUGGAGGCGCUCGCCAAAGUCGUACAAGAUGGAAAGAGCCUUGCCGCGGCCACGCGGGCUGUCGACCUUGCGUCCAUGACAGCGCGUGAGAAGGACCAGUAUCACGUCCCCAAGCGUGGAGUGGUGACCCUGCCCCCGUUCGACUGCGUUGCGAAUCGCAACCCCCUCCCCACCGGCUCUGGCACUUUGACCUACAGUGAGCGCGCCCACGCAAUGGACUCGGUUUGGAAGAACAAAGGAGCCACGGCCGAGAACGCAUCGUGGCUUGAGCAGAACAUGAAUUACAUGCUGCGCUUGGUGGACGCCGAGGUCAAGGCGCGGCACGGCGGGACCUCCUUUACGGCCGUGGCGGAAACUGUCAACAUCAUUGUCGUUACUGGCGCCGCUAACAUGAACGGCGUCUUGUCCAGGCGCAUCAACCUCGCUCAGCAGCUAUGCAAGGCACGCGAAGACUUGAUCAGGUCCAAGCUGCAGGGCGAACCUUUAAGCCUUCCCAUUUGUGAGACCGACGCCGACGGCACACCGCCGCCGUACCGACAUCUGUCCAUUCGCAGCCCGAGCCCGACUCUGCACGAACCCAAACUCAUCGCGACUCUGCCGCACGUUUCGGACCUGAUGGCGCCGCUCGCUGUCGUCGCGCAGGAGCAACAAGUCUCGCAUUAA